AUGCACGCUUCUUCCCUUUUGGUCGGACUUGCGGCGCUGUACGGUGCCGCUGCGCAGUACGGCCCAGCUCACAUCUCUCGUGACAGAAAAGUUUGCGAGGUUGCUGCUUCGGGCACCAAUGCGACAGACGAUGCCCCUGCCAUCCUCGCGGCUUUUGACGAGUGUGGCCAAGGUGGUACCGUCUUGUUUACGGAGAACACAACUUACUAUGUCAAUUCCGUCAUGGAAGUAUCUGGACUGCAGGACUGUCAUGUUGAUAUCCGAGGAACUUUGCUAUGGUCGACUGACAUUCAAUACUGGCUCAACAACUCCCUCCCAGUAGGCUACCAGAAUCAGAGUACAGCUUUCAAGCUUGGCGGCGAUCGUGUCUUGAUUGAUGGUCACGGACAUGGCACUUUCGAUGGCAAUGGCGGCGUUUGGUAUCACUAUGCUGCUGGUAUCUCGAACUUGAAAGGCAGGCCUCAUGCCUUGACACUUGAUGGCUUGAACAAUUCGCGAGUCACGGGUCUUCAAAUGUUGAGGAGCCAGAUGUGGACCUUUUCCAUUAUUCGUAGCCACUAUUCGCUAUUUGACAACAUAUUUGUCAAUAAUACUGCCCUUGAUGGCUCGUCCAGCGCAAAUACUGAUGGCGGUGAUACAUUCUUCUCAUCUCAUCUAACAUUCCGCAACUGGACCGUUGUCAGCAAGGAUGACAGCAUCUCGUUUAAAGCCAACUCGACCGAUAUUACAGUCACGGAUAGCCUCUUCAUCAACGGGCUGGGCAUUGCGAUCGGCAGCAUUGGCCAAUACAAGGACCAAUUCGAAACCAUUGAGCGAAUCAAGGCGGACAAUAUCACCUUUAAGAACACGCUCCAUGCAGCAUAUUUCAAGACUUGGACUGGGGAACAAGUUGGGUACCCGCCAAACGGUGGUGGAGGCGGUCUGGGCUAUGCUACUAACCUGUCCUUCACCAACCUGUACGGGACGUCGUUUCGCGGUGCGCCCUUUAGCAUUUCUCAGUGCACCACCUUCUCAGGCACGGCUGGCAACUGCACGUCAUCCAAGUUUGAGCUGGAGAAUAUCGAGUUUGCCAACUUUGACGGCACGGCACCUUCAUUGAAGCUGGCCAGCUUGCAGUGCAGCGGGGUCGCCCCGUGCCAUGAUAUUACCAUCAGGAAUGUCACACUGGCCAGCAACGGAGAGACUUCACCUCUUUCUUAUCUGUGUGGAAACGUUGUAGAUCCCAUUGGAUGGAAUUGCACUGGCGAUGCGUGUGUUGGGGGCAGUGCUACCGGGCAAUGUUAA